CCCGAUCCAUCACAAUGGGAUGGAGGUACAGCAGCAGAUCCUAUCGUGAAUCCCGGUUUCUCUGAAUACCUACCACAUGAAUUUGGCAGUGAUUUAUGCAUAUCCUACGCGCAACGACAGAAACCACCCAAGGUCCUGGCCAAACGCUUCCUCCUCGGACAGACUAUCGGUCGCGGAAGUUACGGCAAGGUCAAAGAUGCCAUCGACCUAAUUACAAUGAAACGACAUGCAGUGAAAGUAAUUAGUAAACUGGGUGUUAGAAAAAUACCUGGCGGUUGGAGUCAAGCAUUGCUCGAGGCAACGGUGAUGCGUCGCUUGCCUGCCCAUCGUCACAUUGUCUCUCUAGUCACUGCUCUUCGGGUGGACAAUCCGGAUCGAUUAUGUCUAGUGAUGGAACAUUGUCUUGGCUCCGUGCAUGAUUUACAGUCGAUCGGCGUGCCUUCAUUACCCAACGAAUUCGACGAGGACAGUGACGAACAAGCAAUCCUCGAACGUUCAGACGAGAGCCCUGAUCCACAACAACCCUUGGGUAUAUCUCCCCCCUUAACCAAUCAGAAAAGUCCGUCUAGAAGCACCAAAUCCAGUGCGACACGGACACAUCGAACCGGAAAGCAUCGAUUCCGACUCAAGUGUCCCAUCAUCGAAACGGAUUUGAAACAGGAGCCUACCAGAUACACAGAAGCGUUUAUGAAUCGUAAGGUUUCCAAUGUGGAAGGAUCCUCUCGUCGGAAGAGCAGUGUGCUUCAUUCAGUACACCAUCAACAACAACAGCAACAACAGUUUCGCCGUUUACCAGAAGCGCAGGCACAUGCCUAUUUUCUUCAGCAUCCCGCAACCGCUUCGUGCAAGCCAGAAACAAAUGCUCGGGCACUAUUCAGAGAGCUAAAGGACGCUUCAUUUGUCACAAAGCUGCGCGCUUGGCUUCUUCCACCACCGGCAACCGAACAUUCUGGUCCCCCCGCUAAAGCAGUUUUACGUCAUCUCUGCCCUUCCAACUUUCCUCCCAUUUGCAAUUCCUCUGGUACUGUUGCUUGUGAUCCUCAUGAAAGAGCAGAGGUCUUCUCUUCCCGAUUCGCCUCCAACUCCACAUUAUCUGCCGCCCCUACGGUUCAACCGUCCUCCUAG